UUUAAAUGUACUGAAAAGGAUUGGGUAGCCUUUUACAUUACCCCGGCAUAUAUAUUGGUCUAAAACUCCAGCGCGGUUUUGCGGUGCCCAGAAAAACCAUGAAAGAAAUCCAUGUACAAAGGAGGUCAUGCAAUAGGCCUUCAAAGGCCAAAUGGUUCAUCCAGUUUGGCCACCCUCCUUAUUACCCCCAAAAAAACCCACUUUCUCUCUCUUCAUCUCUCUCACGUUUCUCCACCAAUAUUCCCGGAGGUGGACUCGGAGCCUCUCUCUAAAAACCCCUUCGCCUCCCCCUCUCUCUCUCUAUAUAACCUCCCCUGGUUUUGAAGGAGGAGAGAGAGGAAGCAUGGAGGGGAAGAGGAAGGCGGUGGUGUUCGUGGAGGAGGCGGAGGAGGAGGAUGGAGGUGUUAUUUUUGGAGAUGAAGACUUGAGUGAGAUUAGUGGGUUGAGGAGAGAGAGAGAGUACAUCGAGGUCACAUGCGGGUGUACGAGCUUUCGAUAUGGAGACGCUGCUGGCAAGCUCAGGGUCUUCGUACGUGGGGACCUUGAGAUCAGCUGUGAAUGUACGCCUGGUUGUGAAGAAGAUAAGCUCACACCUUCUGCUUUUGAGAAACAUGCGGGGCGAGAGACGAGAAAGUGGAAGAACAAUAUAUGGGUGAUAAUGAGUGGAGAGAAGGUUCCUCUAGCAAAAACUGUGCUGCUUAAAUACUACAAUGAGGCUUCUAGAAAUGGUAAUGGGGGUCAUAAAACCCAGAAUGGAAAACCCUGCCAUCGAGAUGAAUUUGUUCGCUGCACACAAUGCAACAAGGAGCGCAGGUUUCGGCUCAGAACCAAAGAGGAGUGCCGUAUUUACCAUGAUGUUAUAGCAGAUACCCAUUGGAAAUGUGCUGAUAUGAAGUUCUCCAAAAUCACCUGUGAUCAAGAUGAGGAACGAGGAAGCCGCAAAGUUUACCGGGGGUGCUCGCGUUCCCCAACCUGUCGUGGGUGUACCUCGUGUGUAUGCUUCGGUUGCCAGCUCUGCCGUUUCUCUGGAUGCAGCUGCCAAACAUGCAUGGAUUUCAUGCAAAAUGUGAAAGCCUGAGAGUGAGGCUUCUCGGCAGUCCUGCUAAAAACAAUUACAGCAAUUUUUGCCUCACUGGCUCCUCAUAAAUUGGCUUCUCUACACAAACUCCCUCAUAAAUUGAUAUUUAUACAAACUCAGGCGCUUAGACUUACCCAAUUGCGCAAAUAUUUGGAUAUUACUCUCGAUCUCUUGAAUAUUUUUAUUUUAAUCUCUCUCUCUUUUGUCUAUUUUUUUGACCUGAAUCAUAGUUAGCAGGUCCUUCAUUAAAACACAGAACUCUUGAGUUUUCAAAUUUUGGACCAUGAAUUUUAAAGAUUUUUCUAGUUUUCA